AGCAGACAGUUUGCUCCAGCAGACACAGACACAGACACAGACAGAGAGAAGCAGGAUCUGUGGCUCGCUCUGCAGGAUGGAGGAUUCUCCAUCCAAACCAUCUGUGGCCGACCUGGCUGGAAAACUCAAAGGUCACAUUCUGCCGAUGCCCGCCACAAAUGACGAGUUUCCGUUUCGAGGAAGACCUCCGUGUUCCCUGAAGUUACACAACCAAAGGGAAGAUAACGAAGAAUCAGAUAAAACCAUAGUCUCCCCAAAUCCCUUCAGACUCAAGAUGAAGAACUCGUCCAUCAUCGAGAAACUGCAGGCCAACCUCGCCCUGUCGCCCACUUCUCUGCUGCCUUCGCCCAAAAGCCCUGAGGUGAAGCUGCAGCCGUCGCCGUUGUCCCCGGCGACAACAACGCCAACAACACCCCACAGCCCGCUGAGCCCCAACCUGCGACCCUCGCGUCAGUCCAGCGAGGACGAGGAUCCCGUCUGCUUCGACAGCCCGGCUGAGGGCAGCACACUGUCCAGCAUCAACAAGACUCGAGCACGACUUUCAUUCAAGAGACGUCCACCCACGAGGCUGCACAGAAGGUCAGCUGGAGAGGAGGCGGGAGCUUUUGGCAGCGGUCUGUCCCCGUGUGAACUGAACUGCCCCGUAGCAAAUGGAGAUAAGGAACCGGUUUUCAGCAGCCCGGCAGAGGAGGAGGACGAGUGUGGGCAGCAGCCGGGCGGAAUGGAAGGAGCUGGAGACAGGGACAGAGACUGUGAAAAGACAAAGGACAAGGUAGCAAACAGAGGAGGAGGAAGACGAGGAGAGGAGGAGCAGGAGGCACGACGAGCCCGGAGCUCAGAGGCUUUGGAGGAGGAUCGACGACCUUUAGAGCCUUGUCCUGCUCAACAGACGGAGGUCAACAACACAGAGACAGAAGACAUGGAGGAGGAGAUGAGUCAGGAGGAAUGUGAAGAAAGAAUGUGAAUGAAAAUAACAACACAAUAUAUAAGUUAUUCAGUGCUUUGACUCAGAGAAGUACUCCUUAAACAGAGGCGCUCUUGUUUUAUAGUUCAGGUUACGGAUUGUGGUUUGUUCCCAUGGAUCCACAAUCAAGCUUUGACAUAACAAACAACAGAGAUUAGCCACUUAAUAAAGGGUUUACUCGAUAAAAUCUAUCCCUGAAUAUAUUUGGGUAAUUUCCUUUCACCGUUAGACGGCCUUUUCUGACUGAAAACUAAAGUUUGUAAACCAGCACUGAACCCCAUAGAGAAAAUCAUUGUUUUUAGCUCAUGGGAAUACAGCAGCUGCUGGUUUCAUGUUGCCUCAUUUGGUGAAUUUCUGUCACUUGGGUAAAUGAGAACAAAGCAGUUUAAACACCAACGUCACAAGAUAACAUAUUUAAUCUCACUCAUGGAGGCAGCAGUGUAUUCACGACUCCUGUGUGCUGUGAUAUGAAAUUGCUGAUUUUCUCAAUGGAGUUUGGUGUGAGAGUUUUACAAGCUUGUUUUCAGCCAGAGAAGGCCUUUAAUGGUGAGAUAAAGCAACAAAGGUGUUGUUUUUAUUGGGUGAACCUUUAGUUAAGUGACUGAAAGUGUCUGAAGGCUUUCAUGUUCACAGAAACACCGGCACUCAGCAGUGGCAUGCUCUGCAAAGUCGGUGUGGAUAAUAUGUCAUUACCUCAUGCAGCCAGACUUAAAAACAACAAAAAACUUGAGUUGUCCCUUUUCAAUGUCACAAUACCUGUUCUAAGUCUCUAUAUUGCCCUCUUCAGGCUGUUUGUGGAACAGUUCUGGAGAAUUAUGAAAAGCAGCUGGGGCUUUUUUUCACGCUGUAUCUACGAAUCAGAGGAGAAAAAUCUAUUUUUUACAGCAUUUACGACAAAUAGUCAAAGACUAUUUCAAACAGUGCACUGAAUGUCACAUUCACAAAACUUUGAUAUCACACACACACACAUAUAUAUAUAAAUAUUAGCAGAUAUAUAAAUGACAGACAUCUUACUAAAUCACUUAGUUUGAAAACGAUAUAUACUUUGCUUUAUUUUAUUUUAUUUUGCUGUACAUUGGUGGACAUUAUCUGCAUUAUCAUUUUUAAGUCACUCAGAUAAUAAACAGCUUUGUGUUUAAAGGAAAACCUUCAUGCUACAUGUGCCCGUUAUGAUGUCCGGGGCUUGUUGAGUCAUUGUGCAUCCAAAUUUCUUCGUGUACGUGUGUCACUUUGUGCAGCAUAUUCAAAGUAAAUUAUUUUUCGGAGGACAAUCAUGAAUGUGCUGGAGGCCAAUAAAAGUUACCAUGAGA